AUGAAAAGUGGUACUGUCAACGCUAACAACGUACCAAAGAGAAGUGCUAGAAAUGUAUUUGGAAAGGAUGAUCGUGUUGCGGUCACAUUGUCAUCCGAUCCAUGGAGAACUAUUGGUUAUGUUUAUCCGCCAGGAUGUACGGGAACUCUUGUUGGAGAAGACCUUGUACUAACCGCCGCGCAUUGUGUUAUACAUCACGAUACGAACAAACUGCGAUAUAAUAAAAUAUCGUUUUAUCCGAAUAUGAUCAAUCAGGAAUCCAAUAAACCUUCUGAUGUUAUUCAUGUUUGGCAUGGGAAUUACCCAAAGCAAGAAGGCGACUGGGCAUUGUUGCGUUUAAACCUCUCUCUAGCUACAAAUGGAACCCAUGUGGGCUAUUCCGGUGACUUUAUGAGUGGAAAAACAGCUGGUGCACAUGUUUCUUGUAAGAUUGUCAAAAAAGGAAAUGGGAAUGGUGUUUAUCUCCACAAUUGCGAUACGACGAUAGGUGCCAGUGGUGGACCAAUAUUUGCUUUGUGGGCCGGCCGGCCGUAUAUUUAUGCGUUAGCUGUCGCUGAAAGAAGACCCGGGGACGAAAGUUUAUAUUUGGAUAAUUAUAGCGACGAAUAUGCAAACAUAGCUAUUUGGUCACAAAGUAUUGGUGAUACAAUCGCCAAACUGAGAGAUAUAGUGUAUAACGCAAUCUUUAAAGUGCUCGACACAACGGGUUAUGCUGACACAGAUCAAAUGCAUACCGUACUGCGUGGAGCAUUCAGACAAUUGGAUAUGGUUUAA